AUGUCGCUGCUUAACAUCGCCGUAUCUGUGCUGGCUUUGCUCGGAGCAGCCAAUGCCCUCACCAAAUCCCCAGGCUGCGGUCGAGCUCUGGGCACGAACAUCCGAAGAGGAGGCACCGGGCAGUCGAACAGCCUUUCGAUCACGAGCAAUGGAGUGACUCGGACAUUUCUACUGCACAUUCCCACAAACUACGACGUCAACGAUGCUCGCGGCUUGGUCUUCUCUUUCCAUGGUCGAAGCAGGACUGCUGUGUCGCAGGAAGCGCUCUCUUCAUUUUCAGAUCCGUAUUUCAACCCAGACUUGCUAGCAGUUUAUCCCCAGGGGCUGGGUUCGACUCCGCAAUGGCAGGGAGAUCCAGAGGCUACGACCGACGACGUCCUGUUCACUUUGGAUCUGCUCACGUACAUCAACAACAACUAUUGCGUCAACACUGAAGCCGUUUACUCCACCGGCAAGAGCAAUGGUGCUGGAUUCUCGCUGAACGUCCUGGCUUGUGAUCCGGUUGCGGUGACAAAGUUCGCUGCAUUCGCGGGUGCCGCCAGCGCCGAUUACCAGGCCAGUAUGACUGAGGCCAAUUGCAACCCUCUGACGGUGCCAAUUACCUGCAACCCUGGCAAGACUCGUAUUCCAAUCCUCGAGUUGCACGGAACCGCUGAUGACACGAUUCCUUAUAAUGGUGGUGGUCGACGAACGCAGUGCUUGCCAUCGAUUCCAUACUUCAUGCAGUCGUGGAGUGCUCGCAAUGGUCUGGGUACCACCAACCAGUCUACCGUCCUGAUUGGGGGUAAUGUCCGUCGGGAGGAGUUUGGCCUGUCACAGGGCGUGCUCGGCCAGACCACUCACUACUGGAUCAAGAAUAUGGGCCACUCUUGGCCUGCAACGAUUGGCAACAGUGAUUCUGCAACGCCAACCUUCAUCAACGCAACUUCUCUGAUGUACGACUUUUUCAAGAGGUAUACACUGCCACAAACGUCAGCGGCGUGGUGCUGUGCGGUUUGA